AUGAUGAAUCAAAUGGAUACCAUUGAAUGGCCAGAUGAGUCUAGGAUUGUUACCAGAAGUACAAAGAAUGCUACUUUAGGCUAUAUCCAAAGUCUUUUUCACAAUACAGGUCUAAUUGCCUCACUAAUCUACUUAGCGUUAAAAUUGGUACUGGUACCUUGUUUAGAACAGCAAUAUUCUCAAAGGGCAGAUGUCUCAGCAUCAACUCUUUUGAGAUUGAGGAAACUGGUGUCUCAAUUACAGAACUGCAUACGUACCACACCUGUAGCUGUAAUUGGAUACAACGAAAGUCAUAAUAGUGCGGAAAGAUGUACGCAGACAUCAGAAGAUGAGUUAGAACCCUUGGAAAGUUCAUGGUCCAUAAUCAAUAAGAGGCUGACGGAUUCCACCACGCAUCUACAACAAUUUGUUAAAUCAAAUUCACAAGAACCGAGAAACUUAAAUGCGUUUAACGUGGAGGCAAGAUUGUUAUCUGAUAAGUUUAAGCUUGAGUCUGGUAUAGAACCACAGACUGAAUUGAGUAGAAAAAUGAUUAAUUCCAUUCGUGAAGUCAAGGGUUGGUUCGUAAGUGGUAGAAUUCAUUAA